UGUUGGGUGUGGACCGGGCCCAGCCUGUGCUGGGGAAGGGUGGACCGGGCUCUCCGUCCCCGGGUGCCGCACGCGCCCAGGAGCGCGCUGGCCGGGGAGGGAGACGCUCUGGCCGGGGAGGGAGACGCUCUGGCCCGUCUCGGUGGUGCGGCUGUUACGUGGCGGGCGGGGUGCUCAGGAGCCCGCGGUGCCGGUGACAGCGGCGUGCUUUUCUCGCAGUCUAGGCUCCCAGUCAAAUGCCUGUUCCAUACCCCCCCUGCCUUGGUUUACACUGAUUGCUUUCUGCUACUGAGACGGAGCUGCAGUGAAAAGUGAAAGAUGCCACUCUUCUUCCGUAAAAAGAAGCCUAGUGAUGAUGCCCGGAAGCGCCUUGAAUACCAAAUGUGCCUGGCAAAAGAAGCUGGUGCUGAUGACAUUCUUGAUAUAUCAAAGUGUGAACUCCCAGAGAUUCCUUAUGGGGCUUUUGCAACAUGUAAGGUCUUGCAGAAAAAGGUGCUGAUUGUUCAUACAAAUAACCUAACAUCUCUGGUUCCAAAGUCUUGCAGCAUUCAGAGUCUCAUAACUGUGAAGGUUUUAGAUCUCCAUGACAACCAGUUGACAUCACUUCCUGCUGAUAUUGGUCAACUGACAUUUCUCCAGGUCCUAAAUAUUGAAAGGAAUCUCCUAAAAUCUCUUCCACAGUCUAUAGGGGACCUUGCCCAACUCCAGACACUCAAUGUGAAAGGCAAUAAGCUGAAGGAGCUGCCUACCACUCUGGGAGGCUUGCGCAGCCUGCGCACACUUGAUGUCAGUGAGAACCACCUGCAAGAGCUUCCACCGGUUCUGGCUCACAUCCGCACGCUGGAGACGCUGACCCUGGAUGCUUCAUCCAUGACAUAUCCACCAGCUGAUGUUUGCAGUGCUGGCACAGAGUCUAUCCAGCAGUUCCUGUGUAGAGAGUCUGGAAUCGAGUACAGUCCUCCCUCCCAGUAUCUACUUCCUGUUCUGGAGAGUGAUGGAGGAGAAACUUCUGUGGAUGGGGUCGAUCAGACCACAUGUAAAUACAUGGAAGAAGAGGGCAAAUGGCAGAACAAAUUCUUGGAUUAUGAGAAGCGGAAGGAACAGAAAAUGCUGGAGAAACUGGAGUUUGAGCGUCGCCUGGACAUGGGGCAGAGAGAGCACGCCCAGCUCAUGCAGCAGAGCAGCAAUCAGAAAGAUGAGAUACUACAGUCAGUGAAGGAGGAGCAGGUGAGGCUGGAGAAGGGCCUGACAAAGCACCAACGCUACUUGGAGAGUGAGCGCCUGAAGCUGCUGGAGCAGCUCAAGCAGACAGAGCAAGGCAUUGCCAGCCGAAUCCAAAAGCUGCUCGAGGAGAAUCAGAGGCAAAAACAAAGUUCAGAAAUUCUGAAAUCCUUGGAGAAUGAGAGAAUAAGGAUGGAACAGCUGAUGGCCAUAACACAGGAGGAGACUGAGCAUCUACGCAAAAGGGAUGUGGCCUCUGCCAUGCAGCAAAUGCUGGCUGAGAGCUACAAGAACAAAUUCAUCCAAAUGACCUAUGAAUCCCGCCGGCAAGACCUUGUCAACCAAGCCUGCUCCAGCCUGGCAGAGAUGGAUCAGAAGUUCCAGCAAAUCCUGGCUUGGCAGCAGCUGGACCAAAGCAAGGCCAUUAGUCAGAUCUUGCAGGAGAUUGAAAUGCAGAAAGCUGCCUUUGAAGCCCUUCAGGUGAAGAAAGAUCUCAUGCACAGACAGAUCAGGAACCAGAUUAAGUUAAUAGAGACAGAGUUAUUGCAGCUGACACAGCUGGAGUUAAAGAGGCAAGAACUGGACACAGAGACGCUGCAGGAGGUGAUAGCAGACCAACGCCAAGCCCUUAGUAAUCUGCUGCAGCAGCUACUCAAAGAGAAGAAACAAAGGGAAGAGGAACUGCACCAAAUCCUGUAUGAGAUGGAAGCAAAAAGUGAAACCAAACAAGAGAACUACUGGCUGAUCCAAUACCAGCGCCUGCUAAACCAGAAACCUCUCUCCUUGAAGCUCCAGGAAGAGGGCAUGGAAAGGCAGCUGGUAAACCUGCUCAUUGAGCUCUCAGCUGAACAGUAUAUGCCGAUCUUUGCACAUCAUCGGAUAUCAUUGGAAAUGCUCAGCACCAUGACCACCAGUGACCUGGAAAAGAUCGGAAUUACAGAAACUGGCCUGCAGCACACCAUCCUUAGGCGAGCCCAGGAGAUCCUGGCUGUGGCUGAAACAAUCCCAGGUACAGAGCUGUUGAAGAGAACUGAGGCUGAGGUCCCAGCCACACCAGAGCCCAGUGCCCCCUCAGAAGAAAUCCCCAGUGCUGUGUUCCCUUCUGCUGCACAGCUGGAGCUGGAUGAGAGGAGGUCGGAGUGUGUUGUCUGCAUGGAGCGGGAGGCCCACAUGAUCUUCCUGACCUGUGGCCACGUAUGCUGCUGCCAGACGUGUUGUGAGGCCCUGCGCACCUGCCCCCUCUGCCGCCAGGACAUCGUGCAGCGCAUCCGCAUCUUCCACAGUGGCUAGCGGGAGCAGAGCUGUUCCACUUGCAGGGCUUGGGAUGCUGCUAGCCAGGAGGCCAAGGAGAGUUUAGCCCCCUGCCCUGGUCUGCAUCCCCCUAUCGCAGUACAUUAGCCAACCGCUCCUGAUGUGAAGCUCCCACAUGCACUAUAUUGGCCCCUCUGAGCCUUAGUCUGCUGUGGGAAGGACUGGAAUGGGCACUGUCACCUCUUCCUCACAGGUGUAUGGCUCCUCUGGCUGACUGCCUUUGUAUGUGCAUGUAGGCAUGCCCCUCCUUCCCUGCAGCAACCCUUUGGUCCCUGAAAUGCACCCCCCAGCACCGCACUAUGGGAAAGCAAACCUCGCUGACUGACUCCUGUUGUCUGAGAACAUCUCAAGUUCCCCCAAGUGUCUGGUUUCUGACUCCGUUGCCUUUAGGCUCCCCUUUCUGUGUGUGUUUGUGUCCUUGAGAUGCCUGUCUGGUGUCCUUUCCUGGGGCUGAGCAGACAAGGUCCUCUCCUUAAUUUAUUUAUUUGCCCUCAGAAUCAUGCUUUUGCAGCACCUGGGAACAGCCUGUCCUCUCAGUCACAAAGGAGACAGAUUUGAUUGGUCUUUGUAGCUCCCUUCUCACUGAUGCCCAGGAUACUCAGUGGAAGGGGUGAUGAACUCUCUGGGAAAAGCACUUGGCAGCAGGUGUGUGAUUUGGUGGGAACCCUGCCAGUCCCUCACACCCAAGCUGCUUUCAUGCUCUGUGACCCAGGCUUUGGCAACAAGCACCGCAGGGAUCUGACCCUUAAGCAGACAGCCUUGUGCAGCUACUUGGGACUGGUAGGAACUGACAGUGGAGCAACCCCUCCUUUUGAUGCUGCUCCCACUGAAGGGCAAGGGCCCAUGUGCCUCUCAGCUUGGAGCAGAGUGGAGUUGGCUCUACCAUCAGGCACAGAGGGGCUCUUCUCUGAAUGGAAAAAACUACCCCAGCCUGUAUCAUUGACUGCAGCUGACCAGGUUGUAAUGAAGUGGCAGGUCAGGGAGGCACCUCCCUUAUUCUCCGGAGCUGUGGGGGUCAUGAACCGAGCAACAUGUGUCAAUGGAAUGGCUGGAGGGAUGACAGCCAAGCUGCACCCCCGUUUUGACGGCGUCAACUCUUCUUAUGGAAUUGUUUCAGGUUUGGACCUGAAGCUGGUUUGUAGAGGUGGCCAGCACUGGAAUUGUGGGCCUAGCCAGGAGUUCCCAAGACUCUUGCCUCUUCUGGAGUAUUGCUGCUACCUCCACAAAACCAACUGGUGGUGAUGUAGCUGUGUGUUCUUGUAAUAACCUCGGGCUGGAGCUAGCUGGGGAUGAUGGAAGCAGGAAAGCCAAGGCAAGAGGCCUGCUCAGACCUGAGGACAGAAAGAGCCUGCACAACUGGAUUUUGUUACUGGCCAAUUUCAACUCCU